AUGGAAUCCAUUGAAGGAGACAAAAAACAAGAAGGGACCAAGUCUGUGUCGAGCGAAGAUGUGACAAAACCGUUACGGAAUCAAAGGGCGCUGAUUCGCGUAAUUGAAAAAACGAUGAAAGAAAUAGAAGCAACAUUUGAAGAACCACAACAAGAAGUGGUUAACAUGUUAUUAAGUCAACAAUCAUUAACAUCAGAAAGUUCUUCCGGAUUAAAAUCGCUGCACGAUGUCACUAAAGAGUGUAUCUUGGGUUUGCAUGCACAAGGUAUUCCUGUAGAGCAGUGGGAUGCAAUAUUAGUACACCUCACUUUAAGGAAAUUGGAUAAGGUCAGUCAUGCAGCAUUUGAACAAUCACUUAAGGAUAAUCGUUCGUUGGUGUCGCUACAAGAACUGCUUCAGUUUAUUGAAAAUCGAUUCCAAUCGUUAGACACGUUUGGUAGAGGAUUCGAUCAAAAACGUUGGAACACAUCAAGAUUAGUUGCAGUUACAAAUGAACAAUUUUCAACUGAAAAACUGUGUUUAGCAUGUAAAAGGGAUAGCCAUCCGUUGUACACAUGUAAGUCUUUUCUUCAGGAUGCUCCUAGUAAACGGCUUCACCUAGAUCAGCAGAUGCGCUUGUGCAUUAAUUGUCUGAAGACGGGUCAUUUUGCAAAAGAAUGCAAGUCAAGUAGUUGCAAAAAAUGUGACAAAAAACACAACUCACUCCUACAUUUAGAAGAUCCAAGCCGUAAGGCUACAAGGCCAGAAGUAAAUAAUUCAAUAAGCCUAGUCUCUAAUAGCAAUAAUCACACACGAUGCUAUGUUAUGUUGGGAACAGCCCGUAUAACUAUAAAAGGCAAUAGAGGAACAGAGAUCGAAUGCAGAACAUUAUUAGACUCUGGUUCGCAGGUCAACCUUAUCACAGACAGGCUUAUGAAGAAAUUAGGAGAAAACCCCCAAAGGGCGGCAGCAUGCAUUGAAGCAAGGGUAGAAGCAUACGUUAUACCGAAAAUUGUAUCUGAUCAGCCGAGUGUGCACAUCGACAUAUCGAAUUGGAAAAUACCCAGCAACAAUAAAUUAGCUGACCCAGGCUUCAAUGCUAGUGAUAAAAUUGAUAUUGAUAAAAUUGAGUUUUUACAUCAACUGCUAUCUAUAGGGCAAAUAAGGAUUGGGAAUAAUCUUCCAUCAUUACAAAACACAUUACUAGGAUGGAUAGUGAUAGGAAGGAUAAGUGAUCACGAAUUACCUACACAGACACAGACUUGCGGCGUACUUUCAGACGAUGAUGAAAUACUAGAACAGGUCAUAGAGAAGUUUUGGAAGUUGGAUGCAAUGGAACCUACAACAAAGACAUUAAGUCCACAUGAAGAAUUGUGCGAAUCGCAUUUUGUAAAUAACACGCAACAAACCAAUUUGGGUCGAUUUGUAGUGAAACUGCCUUUUAAGCAAAAUCCAGAAAGUCUUGGAGAAUUUGAUCAAAUAGCGAUAAACAGGUUUUAUGCACUUGAAAGAAGAUUUGUCACAAAUGAGACUGUUUGGCAGCAAUACGUGAACUUCAUGAGAGAAUAUGAGAACAUGGGUCACAUGGAAAAGAGUGAUAUCGAGGGAAGUGCAUCUCAUUACAUUAUUCCACAUCAUUGCGUACUUCGACCAGAAAGCAGCACAACCAAACUCCGAGUAGUAUUUGAUGCUUCAUGCAAAACUCAUAACGAUGUCCAAGGUUCGUAUUCUGCACAGACAUUGAAAAGAUGUACCGGCAAAUCCUUGUACAUCCGAAUGAUGGGAAUUACCAAAUUAUUGUUUGGAGAGAAUCGUCACGUCGUCAUGGCACCAUAUUUAGCCGUGAAAUGUCUACAACAAUUGAUUAUUAAGGAAUCAUCUAAAUAUCCGCUCGGAGCUUCGGCGAUUCAAAAUGAUUUCUAUAUUGACGAUUGUCUCAGCGGAUCAGACAAUCUCAAUACUGCAUUGGAGAUACAACGUCAACUUAAGGAUUUGUUGGAGUCGGCCGGUUUUACAUUACGUAAGUGGUGCGCCAAAGAUCCUUCGUUGCUUAAGAAUACAGCAAAACAAGAUCAAGAAGUCGAUUUAGACUUUGACAGUGAAGAUCAACCAUUCAUCAAAACUUUAGGGUUAGUGUGGCAACCGAAAAUAGACAAAUUCAGUAUUAAGGUGGAUCUACAUUCAGCGAAGCGGGUAACUAAACGAUGA